CAAAUUAUAGAAACCAUAGACCCUUUUGAAUAUAUUAACUCUGCUGUUUAUUAAACUGGUAUAAUUUUGAUAAUAUAAUGAAAUGAACUCAACUGGGGAAAAUGAAUUUUCUAAUUCCUCUCAAGUUCAAUUCAAGGAAGAGCUCAAGCAACAUAUACUUCGACUUUAUGUAAAUAUUUAAUUAUUGUAAGCCAUUAAUUAAUCAUUAACAACUUUAUUGUUUGCUUAGCAUUUAUAAAAAUAAUUGCAAUUGUAUAAUAUUUUAUGAAUCUAGAAAAUUAACAAUAAAAUAAAAAAAAUAUAUUAUUGAAUGAUAAAUAUACCUUUGGUUCAAUGUAGAAACUAGAAUUUUAUGAUCAUGUAAUAUGCCCUAAUGAUUGCACUAUUCCAGAUUCAGAUAUAGACAUUAUUUAAUGUUUUCUUACAAAAUAUGUAAAAAAAUAAUUUUAGGUUUAGACAAAAAAAUUAUCUUAUUCCUUGAUCAUGUUCUUAUUUAUUUUAAAAUAAAUGGAGAAAUUUAUUCCAAUUACAGCAAUUAAAUUGAUAAAACAAUUCAUCACAGAAAAACCAAAUUUUAUUUAGGAUAUUGGUAUUGAAAAGAGAGUUUGUGUAAUUUGAUUUAUAUUUCCUUAUUAGAUAUCUUUAUAUAGUAAUGAUGAGAGAAACUUUCUAUUUAAAAAUGACGUAAUUAUUUUAGGGAAAGAUUUGAAAAUGAUAGUUCAUUCUCUAAAAUGUGUAAAAUGUGAAUUAACUCAUAUGAAACUUGAAAUUAAUUUUUAAAAUGUUUAAGAUUUUCUUAAGAAAUAUAUGAAUAACGUUAUUGGGAUAUCAUUUACAACUUACAAUAUUUUAUUGAGAAUUCUAGAUGCUUAUGAUUAUUUUGAAAUUUAACAUUAUUCAACGUUGGUAUAAGACUAUGAUUAUUAUAAUUUAUUAGUAUGAAACCUUAAUAAGCAGUCCAUUAUUAAUUUUAGAAAUUGAGAAUCUAAAAAUGAUCUCCAUCUUUGGUCAUGAAGGAGACUUUUAUUAAUUUGGGUAUACAUAUAAUUUACCAGCGUAUCAGAGAAUAUAGAAUGAAUAAGUUGAUAAGUAAUUAUAAACACUUAUUUAAGUUAUUAAUUUUAUAUUAAAUAUUAACAAGGAAAGUGGAAAUUAUUUGAUGGCAAAUACAAUUCAUCUAACAUUGAUAUACUAUAAAGCAAAUUUGGUAGAUAUAAAUCUAAAAUUAUAGGAACAUGGAAAGUAAUUUAGGAUAAAACAUUUCAAUUAUAACCCUCUGAUACUUUUAGGAUUAAUUCGUAUUUUUAUAGUGUUGAGGAAGUGAAAGAGGAAAAUUAGAAUAAUACAAAAAAAGAUUCAUUUUUAUGUUAGGUUAUAUGUUAAAAUAUAUCUGACAUUCCAGAAAUCACAAAUAAAAAAAUAAAGAACAAAAGAUCUCAAAAAUUAUAUAAUUAACAAAAAUAGAUUUAGCCUAAAUCAAUAGAACCUUUUUCAGAUUAUUAAAAUAUCUAAAUAAUUUAAGAAUUUAAUUGUGUUUCUUGA